AUGUCUCUGAAGUUGACUGAAUUGCUCCCUGCCCCUUCCGCUAUAACUGACGAGUAUUCCCAAGUUCGUCGAGAUCCAUGGUUUCGUGGACGAGAAGACGCACUGCCCACUUCUACAGCCAUUGUUGUAAAGGAACCGCCUCCUUAUGGACGUCGUCAAGGGUUCAGACCACGUAAUGUUGAGGUGGUUUACACAAAAUUGGCGGAUAUGCGCGCCAAAGCAUGGGAUGAGGAUGAUGAGGAUAUCCAACGGCCUGAUGAGGAAACGAUAGCCGAGCAAACCGAGAAGACCCGAUUAGCAUUGGAAAAAAUAACGGAAAGCAAGGUAGCCUCAGCUUUACCUGUACGUCAUGCCGAAAAGCAAGCACCUGCUCAAUAUAUUAGAUAUACACCUAGUCAACAAAGUCAGGGCCAUGCUGCAGGUUCACAACAGCGAAUCAUUCGGAUGGUGGAAGAGCAGAAGGAUCCUAUGGAGCCUCCGAAAUUCAGAAUAAACCAGAAAAUUCCCCGAGCUCCUCCUUCACCUCCAGCUCCAGUGAUGCAUAGUCCUCCCCGAAAGGUUACAACGAAAGAUCAAAAUGACUGGAAAAUUCCGCCUUGCAUUUCAAACUGGAAGAAUCCUAAGGGUGAGAUCUGA